UGGCUUCUCUAUUGUUUGCCAAGUGUUGUAUUCACCUUCAUAACCGCCCAACUUCCACCGGCGAUAUUACUCCUCCUUGUAUACCCUUAUUCCGGCAAAUCUCUUUCAAUUUUUGCAAAAAAUGGGUAAGGAAUCGACGUUUCUCUCAGCAGUACACUUGAAGAAGAAACCAAUGAAGAAACACAGUAGUACCAAACAGAAGCAAUUUUUCAACAAAGUUAUCGAUUAUCUCAAAUCUGAUACUUUCAUGUUCGCGCCUUUAUGUUCUUCCAGUUUCUCCUCCGGAAUUGAAGAAGUUAGUAAACCCUUGGAAGGAAAUGAUGAGAAAUUGUUUAGUAAAAUUGGGGAUUAUUUGAUGGCUGAUAACUAUAUGUAUGCUCCUUUGGUUAUUUCUCAACCCUGGGAUUUGGUUCAUGUAUCUAAAGGACCAGUUCCUAUACAAGAAGAGGUGGACAAAAAGAGAUCUGCUGAUGUGCUAAAAGGGGCGACUGGAAAAGCGGAUGCAGCUGGUAGGAAAACAGUUACUGUGGUUAGCAAAGAUCACAACAUGGAUGGUUUUCCUCAUAAUAAGAACCCAAUGGUCACCCGUACUCGGGUGCGUAGAGAGACUGUGAAGCACAUGAUCUAUCAAAACUGCUGACUUUUAUUUGCGACUUACGCCCUCAGGCAGAGGACGAUAGAAACGUAACCAAGCAAGCUUGUGAGAUGAAGAUUUUCUUGUCUGA